AUGGAAUCAAUUUCAGAGCUCAAUGAGCAUAAAAAGAUGACGACCAAUGGAGCUGUGGACCAUUUAAUUCUGAUUCUUAAUCUCAGUCACUACCAAGAUGAUCGCACUUCACUUUUAAAGAACUUAGCUUACUACACGCCCAGAAUACGAUCAAAAGUACAGCUCAAGAGGCUUAUCAAUUCAAUAAUAGAAUCACAUAUUUGGCUUCCACAGAAUGAAAACGGAGUGCUAUCACUUUUUGAGCUUACUGAAGCUAUAUUUCAUUGGAAGCUCGAAAUAUCCGAACCCGUCAUUAGUAUUCGAGACUUCUAUGAUAUCUGGGAUUCAGGAUUUAGGAGAUGCCACUCAUGGACCACCCCGAAACUGGCGCUAUUAUGUGGAGUUCUGAGUACUGAAAGUAAGUUCGAACGGUUACAGUCGACACUUUUCAUCGAUGAUAGCGGAUCGGUGCAUUUUAAAUACAGAGAGUGGCGAAGUAACCUUCUGUUACCGAUCUUUUCGGAGCUUUUUCACGCAAGCCAUAAUUCACAGUCUCUCAACGAAAUGUGUCUUAUUUAUGCUCCUCUGUGCCGCGAGGGUGAUAUCAAGCACAUACCUAACUCUGCGGUAACGCGUUGUUUAUUUAACCUUUCGACAGAAUUCAUGUUGGGAAAAGAUCAGAAAAACAGUUUCUUGGCUCGACACAUAAAUUCCAUCGCAAAUGCUCUCCACUUAUUACUAACUUGGACUGAGCAUGAGGUUGUUACGCAAGUUCUAAAAGUAAUAUGCAGUCUUUCAUUCGAGCUUUCUAUUAAAGAAUUGAAUAAUCCAAAAAAAGACUAUUCUGUUAAACCUUACUCUGAUGUUUUACUGACAAUCGUACUAAUUUUGCAAGGAUGUGCAUCGAGGCUAGAUCUACCUUAUGAAUGGGCAUAUGAGAUAGUUAUCUCAUUAUUCUACAUCAAUUACUUGGUUCAUGACUUUGGCGUUGUGGGCUUCUCGAACUAUGAGCAUAUUCACGAUGUGAGCAUUGCAGGUGUAACUAUUACUUCUUCCGGCUUUUACAACGUUCUUUCUGUUAUGCGAGGUAAUUUGUGGUCCCUAUCUGGCAAUAAAGUUAAUGACUCUAGAGUCCUCUUCGUGCUCACAUUUUUGGAACAAACAUUGGCCAAAAUUCCAAUAGACUCGGAUAAGCUAAAAAAUAUCGUUGCACCAUUAAUUUCCCAUUACCUUGACUUCCCUAACGGGGAGAUUCUGGAGACAGCGCAUAGUGCUUAUCUGGCGUUGUUCACCAAUAGAAUUUCAAUGCAACCUAUGGACCAAUGGAAGUUUGAGCAUGCGAUUCAAUAUAUCGAUCAAUCAACUAUGCAAUUCAUGCAGAAGAUUCUUUCUUCAUCUCAACUUGUUCUAAUCUAUCGAACGGUCGCUUCGCAACUUCCUUAUCUCAAGUACAUAAACGACGAUCUUGGUCGCCAGCUUUUGCAGUACACUUACCUGAAAAUACUGAACUGCAAAACCCUGGAUGAGAAGUCGACGUUAAUUGAGUGUUUGAUUUGUCAAGUCAUGUAUACUGACGAGAGAUUUCUACGCGACUGGUUGGAUAAUUGCCUCGAGCUAUUGAGCACCUGUCAAGGAAGAAAAAAGGAACUACUAGAUAAGCUGUGGAAAACUAUUAUGUCCAGUGGGCAAAAUGAAGCUGCUCUAGACUGGUGGUAUUCGGUUGCUAUGCCCUUACAAUGUAAUCUCUGA